GAAAAGCCUUAGGCGAUGACGUAGUAUUGGGGAUGUGAAAGACACAUAGGGUUAGGCAGGCGAAGCCGACUUGUGAAGCACAGAGCUUUGGGUCGCCCAAAAUAGUCUGUGCGGCCGCGAAGCGGGGAGCGAGGAGAACCCGACUAGGUAAGUCUUGGGAAGUGGAAAUAGGAAAAGUUCUUGCGAUCGAAGGGACCAGAAGACGCAGGCAAAGGCGCGGAGAGACGGCUCCGCCCAUAAACUACAAUUCCCAGGAAGCAAUUCGGCAGACGGAUGUGAGGUGAGGCGCGAGCCCCGACCUUUGAAGGAAAGAAGGAAGUGAUUGGGCGUCGCAGAGCGGGAGAAGCGAGUAAGAGGGAGCAGUAUGUCCGCGGAAGUCCCCGAAGGAGCCUCCGCGGAGGAGCAGAAGGAAAUGGAAGAUAAAGUGACUAGUCCAGAGAAAGCUGAAGAAGCAAAAUUAAAAGCAAGAUAUCCUCAUCUGGGGCAAAAGCCUGGAGGUUCAGAUUUUUUAAGGAAACGGUUGCAGAAAGGGCAAAAAUAUUUUGAUUCUGGGGAUUACAACAUGGCUAAAGCAAAAAUGAAGAACAAGCAGCUUCCUACUGCAGCCCCGGAUAAGACAGAGGUCACUGGUGACCACAUUCCCACUCCACAGGACCUUCCUCAGCGGAAACCAUCUCUUGUUACUAGCAAGCUGGCUGGCUGAUUAAAAGAGCUGAACUGCAUGAAUCUUCUAAUUCCUGUUAUUUCUCCUUACUAUGUUACUUCUCUGCUUUUUAUUUCCUUUCAUUCACUAAGUCAUUUGAGACUGACGGCUUUGCAGGUAGCGGUAGUGUGUGCUGCUAUUGUAAAGGAAUACACAUGUGUAGGGUUUUUUAUUAGUUUAACAGUGCACUGAUGAAAAGAACAUGUUAGAGCAACAUAAAGUAAUCAAUCUACUUGAAAGUAAUUGUAUAUAUUACCUAACUCCUAGUGUAGGGCUGGUUCCAACAAGUAACAAGCAAGUUUUACAAUUUUAAUGUUUUGGCUUUCUUUAAUUCAUCUUAAUUACAGCUUUGUAUGUUACUCUUAUUUAAUAUAACCUCUAUUGUAUUGAUUUCUUCUGUAUUUUUCCUUUGGAUUUUGUAAAACAGAAGUUUAAGACCACAAGUUAGAAGAAAGGUCACAUAUUUCAAACACAUAGAUGGGGCUCCGAAAGAUUUGUAUCCUGUGCUUGAACUUGAAUGGCCUUAAAUCUGUUUCAGCUUUAACAAUAGAAUUUUACUUGGGCAAUAUUUGCCCAUUCUGGUGUAACUAUGUGACUCUCGUGCUUAACAGCUGCCGUUGAAGCUAACAUUCUUAUUCAGUUCUGUAGUGUUAGGAUACCUUUUGUUGUUGAAGAUGUGAAUGAAGUGUGCAUGUGCAUUGACUGUUGAAUUCACUUUUGUGCCAUUUUUGUAAAUAUAAUAGUUUUGCACAACCUCUCACAAAUGUCUCUAUUAAUUUCACAUAUUAAAAAGUAGAUGAUGUGCCAACCAGAAGCACAAGAGUUCCUACACAAAACUCUGUAUCUCAUUAGAGCUUUUGUAUAGAAAGUAGUUUACAGUCAUGGGGUCAUAGAAUACCAAACUGAAAUCUCUGCUCAGUCUGCUGCAGACAUAAGCUUUUCCAUGCGUCACUAAUAAUCCAUGACAUCCAGUGGCCUUGUGCAAAUACGAUAUGUUGCUUAGGCAUAUCUUUUGUCCUAUGCAGAACACUUCAUUUUGACUUCUAUGAAAAUUAUAAUUCAUGUAAUUUAUAUAAACUUUUUUAAUAUAGAAACUUUUUACUUCCACAGUCAAUUUUGGGGACACUAGAAUAAAAUACUUUGCCUCCUGUGGCCCCUUCCUCCUUUUUUUCCUGGCUUCUUUGACUCACAUUGUGUUGGGCUGUGCUGUUCGGUCUAUUCAGAAGCAUAGAUGUCUGUAUCUUUACUCUUGAAGCCUGCUCUGCUGAAUGCUGUAUUUUCUAACACAGUAAUGAUAUUUUCCUUAAUAAUUUCCCAGUUGUUAAUUAAGUACUCUUAAUCCUGAAUUAUUACUAAUAUUUGACAAUUGUUUAAAUAAAAGGAACUUUAUAAUGAAACAAAUACUUGAGAAGACUGGCCCAGGAACCUAUGUCAGGAUGAGCUGGAUUUUAAGUAAUUACAAUGAGCUAAGUGAAUUAGGCUUGUGACAAUUAGAGUAAUUUACAUGAUAGGUGGAACAUAUGAUAAAUAUUUAGGUGUUUUGCUUCUAUAGAUGUCAGUUUAAUAAAAUGUAAUUUUAAUUUUAUUUGUAAAGAACUUGUGGUAACUCUAGUUAGUAAGAACUUUAACUAACAGACUUUACUGGGACAAAUUUACUGUUCUUUUAGGAGUAGUGCAUCAUACAUACUGCAGUAUGAUGAUAAGAAUCCACAGCCUGAGAUGAUAGUAUUUUUUCUUCAUCUUUAACUUGGGCAGGGCCUCCCCUCUUUUGGAUCCAGGCAUCUUUUCUGGAUCUUUGCUCCAUUUGUACACCUGCUUUCCUGUGACCCCAAAUCGCCGUAGAUGAUGCCUUGCGCGUACAUAGUGCCUGCACUUCCAGGCUGCCUGGUGCUCUGUGGAGCUUGCUGAUUAUCUUCCUGCUCCACCAGCUUAAAAGACAGAAAACAACAAAAUCAGUAAUAUGCUAAUUUGUUACAAGGAUUGGUUAUAAAUAGAUUUGUAAUGGGAGUAGGGAUAUUCCAAAGUAUGUUUAAUCAUUGUAGGACUGAUUUUAAGAAUUACAAAAUACCCCAAAGUAGAAUUUCUGUAAUGUUUAGUGGGUUUUUUGUUUUGUUUUGUUUUGUUUAAUGACUUUGCAAGCUAUCACCAUUAAAUUCACAUACACACCGAAGAAGAUUAAUCUGAAAGAUGAGACCAUGUUAUUCUUGAUUAUGGUAGGAUUCCUGCUGUGUUUCAUGACAAGUGCUGUAAUCUCUGCCCUUGUUUUAGUUUGUAAAAUACAAUGCUAAUAUUUAACCUACCUCAAAAUUUGUUGAGGAUCUGUGAAAUACUGAGUAAGUGCCCAAAAUAAAAUACUGUCACUGUCUUUUUAUUAAAAGUAAAUUUUCUCAUUAAACCAACCUGCCUUCUGUAAAGUCACAGUGUUUAAUCAGGACUUUCCCUCAGGAAAGACCUGUUAUUAAGGAUUUGUAGGUAUAAUUGCUUAAUAUCCAUUAUUGGUGCUUGGGAUAGAGGUUUUACAUUCUUCUAUUUUUGUUCAGCUUCAAAACUUAGUUUUAGGUAGACAUUUUCAGGCUGUUUCACUAUUGCUUGAAUGAAGAUUUUGACUAGAUGAGCUUAGAUUUCAGAAUUGUGGUUUGAGAAAUGGCCAAUUUUAAUCAUUGUCCUAUUUAUUAUAAAUGAAAUGUGGAGUAAAUGGAAGUUGGACAUAACAAAUACUUCAUGAAAAUUAGCUAAAUUCUGAGCUUAAUUACCUGUUUCAUGUCCAGCAGCUCGUAUUCAACAGUACACUUCUGAGAAACAUUUUAAAAGCCUACAUUUGACUUAACAAUUACAGUUAUUGGCAUGUUGGGAUAGUAAGGAUUAUUGGAUUGUUCGGUGAACCGAGAAGGAGCAUGUCUGCACUCUGUUUACCAGUUACUCAAUAUUCUUGUGCUGUUCACCUAAGAAUAAGUUUUAACUGUUCAUCAAGGCCUCUACUUGUUAUUACUUCACUUAGAUUUAACAAAAACUAUACUUCUGAAUAUUUAUUGAAGCUUUCUACUAAAUCAGACAUGUAUUCUUUCUGAAUCCAAAUUAGUGAAGUUUUAUCAAUGCUGAAAUGUGACCUUUACUUAAAUUGUGCUAUAAACUUGGUGUUUGGUGAUCCAGGGGCAGACAGCCUAUAGGAAGAGCACGUCUAAGUGGCAACUACAGCAGUUUUCUGUGGUGGCCUUUUCACAUUUCCCAGCAUUUGGAAACUUUUCUUCCAUUUUUCAUUUUCUUUUUUCACCUCAUUUUACUUCACACCCCACCCCCAUCCCUGCUUAUUUCUUAAGCCCCAUGAUAGCAUUCAUUAAAUGGUAUUUAGGGCUGAUGAAUUUUCAAGCCUUAACAUCCUUCCCAAUAUCACAAUUAAGGGCCCAUUUUAAAUUUUCUAAAACACUUUCCUAAUCUGGAUAAUGACAAAUUUGAGCCACUGUCCCAACUCUGCAAUUCAGCAUGCACUGCUAGCCUUCCCCCAUAACCCUUCUCCCCCUGAUGCCACACCACACCUUGUAAAAUUGGGAUCAAAGAAGUCUCAUUCUGGGAUCGUUAAUCUAAGGAUUAACUGAUAAAACUGAUUUUAAUACUGUUUUGCUAGUUUCUGCUUUUUUAAAGUAGGUAGGCCUAUAAGUUUUACUAUCUGCAAAUCACCGAUGGUCAUGACAGCCAUUAAUGUAUGUUCGUGUUAUGUUAUUUAUCAAUUAAACAGCAUUUGAAAGAAAAAUCUAAUUUCUUUAAUAUGCCCUCAAACCUGUUAACUGCAUCUUUGUGAUGCAAUAGGACAGCUGCCUGUAUUAAAAGGGCCAAGAGCAAAUGCCUUUUUUUGUUGAAUAUAUCUGGAGUUGGCAGUUAAUGCUGAAAUUUGUCAAAUAGCCCUUCCAAAAUUAUACUUGUGAAAUACACAAAAAAUAAAUUGAUCUACUUAAUUUCUAUUGA